AUGAAAAGAAAUUUAGCGACUGAGAGAAAAAAACAACAAACAAUAAACGAGCAUAAAUAUUGGUUUAAGAUCGAAAAUUACCUCGAAUCAUUUCAACCAAAUAUUCGCAUUUUAAAGUUAUUCGGACUUUUUCCAUUUACUAUACAUCGAUAUCAAUCGAGGGAGUGUAAUUCCUUCCAGGCGCUUAAAACAGACAUCAAAUUGAAGGACAUAACAAUUUUCAUAUUGUGGCAAACAUUUUUUUUGCAAAUGUUGUACACUUCUUGGCCCCAAGCGUUUUUUAAACUACCGGUCUCUCGAAUUAUGAUAAUAAUAACUUUUGUGUUAUAUCUGCUGGCUGGAAUGGAUUGUUCAAUUUCGGCUUCACUAACGAUUAUUUUUCGCCAGAAAUUCGUACAUAUGGUAGGCUUGGUACAAAAAGCCGAUGAACUGAAUAUGCAAUUGGCACUCAUCUAUUACUAUGUUAUGAGAACACUACACGUAACCUCAGUCUCAGCGUUUAUAGCAGGAUUAUAUAGUUUUCGAGAGCGGUUUCAAGUACUCAAUAAACAUAUAUACAUUUGUUUUCUACAGCAAACUGCUGAUGGUCAAGAGGUUUCUUCCAACGAAAUGCUUAAAAAAUUGCAUGUGCUCAUCGAAAUAUACAGCAAGCUGUGUGAUGCCAUUCGCUUGUUUUGCAUGGUCUUUGUGUGGCUGCCAAUGAUGUUUUGUGCUACAGUCGUAAUAACAGUUGUUUUCGCCAUUCUUGCCAUUAGUCAUGUAAUAUCCAAUCCAGCUCCAAUUUUGCAAGCGCUUGCAAUAGUCUAUACUGCAAUCACAGUGUUAUUCACAAUUUUGUUUGUGUUGCUCAUCAAAUUUGGUGCUGAUCUCAAAAAAGAGGGUAAGAAGACCGCCAUGCUUGUCCAUAAAGCAAUAAAUCAAUUAUCUAAAUACCCGGAAGUGGUACAACGGCUGGUUAUGUUUUCUCGAUUUCUGCACUACCAAAAGCCGGUUGUAUCAUGUGGAUUGUUUUGUUUCGAUUGGACUUUGCUGUUUUCGAUUACUUCUGCAUUUGCUACGUACAGCAUUAUAUUGAUUCAGUUUGAGCUUGGAGUACCUAAAUUCUUCAUCAGUGGCAUAUUGCAAUUACACCAUGAGCAUAAUACUACCCAUCGAUAA